AGAACUAGGUUUUCGUAUGUGAUUCCGAUGUCGAGUUCUUGACUCUUGAUCGUGUUCUGAUUCUGGAUAGGUUCGGAUUUUGAGGGUUUUGUUUGGGGGAAUCAUUGGGUUUUAGCGGUGCCGAACCGCCGUGAACAGUUUCGUUUCUGAUUUCUCGCUAUACUCCGUCGAUAACGUUGUCUCGCUAUUCGUCGAUGAGAUACUAUUUUUCCUGCUCCCGUUAAAGAGCGUUUUCGUGGCUUGAAUCUCCAAACUUGUGGGGGGUGUGGCGGACUUGGUCUCUGCCAAUUUUCUAUGGAGAACUCAUCCACUUUUACUUCCUAAAAUGAAGGCAAGCGGUACAUCUGUCGGUCUAAUGGAAAAUAUCUCGAGUUUUGUUGUCAUUUAGUUAGGUAUUUGGAUGCAAUAUUGUCAUCCUCGGAGAUUAUUCGGCAGACUCGUUCUGAGCCUUGGAAUCCGUUAGUUUCGACUCUUCUCUGGAUUCCUUGCUUCAUUCUCCAUUCUACCCCUCUCCUUUCGUCAGCAUUCUUCUAUACUCUACAUCGUAUUAUUGAGUUCCUUGGAAUGGUGGCGAUCGUGUUUGGCACAUGUUAUUGCAACUUUCUCUUGUUGUAGAAUAUUUGUCACGUGAUGACUUGAAAGUUUUAAUGGGCAAAUCAUAUUCUGCUUGAAGAUACUUCUUCACAUGUGCAAUAUUUUGGCAGCACAACUUCUGGACUCCACAGAAGUAGUGGUCUUGUGCUAUUGUUGCCGAAACUGAUACAGCAACAACAAUUUCUGAGCUUGAAGUUUAUGGACACUGAACAGUUUCAGAGGUUGCGGGACCUAAAGCAGCUGGGUCUUACAUGCAUGGUCUAUCCAGGAGCUGUACACACUCGAUUUGAGCAUUCCCUGGGUGUUUAUUGGCUUGCUGGGGAGGCUGUUCGUUGUCUUCAAACGUACCAAGGAUCAGAGAUCGACAUCGACUGCUAUGAUGCCCAGACAGUUAAACUUGCAGGACUCUUGCAUGAUAUAGGCCAUGGACCUUUCAGCCACAUGUUUGAGCAUGAGUUUCUUCCUCAAGUCCUUCCUGGAUCAAAAUGGUCUCAUGAGCAGAUGUCAGUGCAGUUGGUGGACUACAUGGUUGAUCAGAACCAUAUUGACAUUGAUUCUGAUCGCCUUAGAAAAGUUAAAGAUAUGAUAAUCGCUAGUUCAAAGUUCGCUGCGAAAAAGAGUUCAGAAGAGAAGCAUUUUCUGUAUGACAUUGUUGCUAAUGGUCGCAAUGGAAUUGACGUGGACAAGUUUGAUUAUAUUGGCCGUGAUUGCAGAGCUUGUGGUCUUGGCUGCAACUUCCAGUUUCAAAGGCUUUUGGAAGGCAUGCGUGUCAUGGAUGAUGAAAUAUGCUACCCAGCUAAAGAAUAUCUCAAUAUUCACAAAUUAUUUGCAACACGUGCUGACCUUCACCGGACUGUGUAUACACAUGCAAAAGUAAAGGCCAUCGAGCUAAUGGUUGUGGAUGCACUGGUAAAAGCCGAUGAUUACCUCAAAAUAUCAUUGUAUCCCUUUGACCCAGCUCAAUUCUGGAAGUUGGAUGAUACAAUAUUGAAAACCAUUGAAUUUGCUGACAGCAAAAAGCUGAAAGAAUCUAGAAAUAUCAUCCAACGUAUUCGCCGGAGGGAUUUAUACCAGUUCUGCAAUGAAUAUGCUGUUCCAAAAGAUAAACUAGAGCAUUUCAAGGAUGUCACUCCACAGGACAUUGUAUGCUCGCAGAAAGCUAAUGGAGUGCAACUGAAGGUAGAAGAUAUUGCUGUGAGCAAUGUUAAGAUUGAUUUGACUCGUGGGAAGCAUAACCCUCUUGAGAGCAUCAGUUUCUUCAAGGAUUAUCACUGUGUGAAGAAAUUUAGCAUUACGGAAGAUCGCAUCAGCCACCUGCUGCCCGCCACUUGUCAAGAUACAAUUGUGAGGGUUUAUGCCAAGAAACCAGAAUUGGUAGAGGCAGUAUCCGAGGCUUUUGAGAACCUCCAACUGAAGAUAUAUGGUGUCAAAACCCAAGUGCAUGAAACACCGGAGGCGAAGAAACAACGGCGGUAAAAGUAGUGCAUGAUGCACCAGAGGCGCAGAAACAACAGCGGUAAAGACUUCAAAAGUUUCUCCUUUUUGUGUUUUGCAUUCUACAGUCCCUGGUUCUUUCUUCUAUCACAGUCCACAAAGGUACGUUACGAAAGAAGGAAUGACUACUAAAAUGUGUCGUAUACAUAACUAGGGUGGCUCACCAGUUGUACAAUCACAUAUAGUCAUUUUGAUACAUUAAUGAAACGAUCUUAUCUUUUUGUCA